CCCUACUUCAGAAUCGUUCGUUCGGUUAGUCAGUCAGUCAUAAUUUGCCAACGCCUCAUUCAUUCGUCAACGGACGCCGGAGAAAAACGGGCGCGUUAUCCUUCGCCAGGAGGACGUUCGGAAGUUUUUCGCACGGGCACCAGUUCUGAAGUGAAGUCAAUAUUAAUUUCCACUGUGAAUUUCUGUGCGUGUCACUGCUUUAAUGAAUAUCCGGGACGGGAAAACGGAGAAGGUUAAAAACACUUCGCCGAAGGCGCGAGUGUGAUUGAUGACUCUGGUCGGUCUGGAAGAUGAAAAACUAAAUUAGAAGGGAGGUUUUUGUUUCAGUGAGAAAAUUAUGAGUGAAGAAAAGCGUAAAAGUGAUGAAAAGUGAAGUGAACUUGAAACUAUGGAAAGUUUAAACUGUGUUCGUUUGGUGGAAUGCUUCGGAGGGAUUUAGUGCAUGGAUACAACGAACAAACAUCAUCAAUCAUCUCAGUCACAACAAACUCAUUCGGAACAACUGCCACCGAGGCAGAGGCGAGCUCAUCUGCUCCGGCCACAACCAUCAACACCGACGGCUAGCGAAGCAACAACCGCACCAGCUUUGGGUAGUGCAACUGGAACAAUACUAUCACCGGUGGUCACAAACGGUCGUCCGGUGGUAUCCAAUCCGCUUGCUGCACUACCGCCUCUACCCCCUGGCAAGUUACCUCGCAGCAAUAGUUUGGUCCUGGGUGCCAAUCUUCAAACAAUUCCGACGACGGCGGCGGCGACGACCACGGCAUCAAUUGGGUCCUCAACGACCACAAGCACCAACACCACCACAAGCACCAACGGCAGCCAAGCGGUGUCAUUUUCACUGUACAAGACAAUCAAUACUGUUAUCAAGAGCGGUCGCAAAAUUAUCGUACGCGUUUGCGACGUAACUAAUGUAAAGACCAAACUCAAAAUGUUCAAUCUAUACUCGACUAUGAACAAGCGGAACGGCACUGAGGAGAAGGAAGCCCGCGUGAUGGAAACCACCGGACACGAUCGGUUCUGCCAGGAACGUCCGUCAAGGUCCAGCUACCGACGCAAGAAGAGAAAGAUGCGACGUGCCCAAUCAGCUGCUGAGUUCAACGAGCCCCGAUCCGAAGUGGCAGUAUCAGCUGCCAGCAAACGGAUGCUGUUUAGAGGCCGCUCGGUCAGCUCGGACCACGACAACAAUUCGGAAUCGGAGCACUCCGAACGGUCGCCCCUGGUCAGCGCCAAACUGGACUCGCUGGCCAAGUUGCUCUUCAGCCGAAGCCUCCUUCAGGAUGGAACCAGCUCAUCAUCGGCCAAAGACAAUGAAUCGCCGACAAGGAACAAUGUCCGCUACCAGUACACCGCCCUGGACAGCGGUAUCGGAGCACCGGAUCGGAGUCCCCGGGAGCGGGCGGCACGGGAUCGAGCCUUUACUGCAUGUCAGGACUGGCUGCAGCACUCGGGAGGCCGAUACGAAGCGAUAGCACACCUAGAUGACAUCGGUUCUCGUUCGAACAAGCACUGGUUUCUGCUGAAUGAUUGCACGAUACGUACGGACCGUCUGAUGACACUGCUUCCAUUACCUCCCGAUUGCAUUGCCUUAGAGGAGCUGCCUCCGUCGGAGUGCCCGCAAGGUAUCCUGAUGGAGCUGCUCGGUUCGCUGCAGCAUCCGUACAUCUAUCCCGUGUUAGAUUUAGGCUUUUUUCCUACCGAUUCCCAUCACUACGGGUGUCUCGUAAUGCCCUUCAAUGCGCGAGGCAGCCUAAAGGAUCUCAUUUAUAAGUCCCAAUGGAACGAACCGUGGAGUCGGAAGUAUACACGAAAAUCCACCUGCUUACCCCUGUCCCAGGUACAACGAUUAGGACGUCAAAUUUUAGAAGCUUUGUUAUUUUUAAGGGAACGCGGUAUACCGUCGCACGGUCAUUUGCAUAGCGGAAACGUUAUCCUUCAGAAUGGUGUUGCCAGAUUAUCCGGCCUGGAAAAUGGCCUGCUCGGACUAAGCUCCCGGGUCAACGCGGUAGUAUGGGCCCGCUCGGCCCCGGAUAUCGAUAACAUCGACGUCAUCUGCUUUGGCCACUUGCUGUUCGAGAUGUGCGCCGGCUACGAGCUGACCUCACCCCAGCCAACUCCAGGACAUUAUCAGCUUGAUCUCGAGCGCUAUCCACAGGUCGUUGACGUGCUGCAGAUGAUAUUCGAAUCACCAGAUGGUCGCUAUCCAACAGUCGAAGAACUGGUCCUUUGUGAUAUAUUUCGCAAUAUCGAUUUAAGAGAACUGCGAGGAACAUGUGUGCCUUCCUUCAAACAUGGUUUGAGUAGCUCUACGUUGAGUCUGUUGAACGCCGUACGGAGACGACAGGGUGCGAUACUAAGUGGAUCAUACAGCGAAGGCAGCUCGCCGUGCACUCCACCGUCGACGCCACGUGAGCGCAAAACCGGUGACGUAGAAUCCUCCGAUCUGUCUAGUAGUGAUUCCGAAGAUCUGUUAGAUGAAAUAGUUAUAGCAUCAGCCCGUAUCGACGAUCCCGCCCAUUACGACCCACUGAGCUCGCCGAUACAUUACUGUGACAAUAACGUUCAGUCGGACGAUAACAGCAAUAGUAAUACAAUCAUUCGUAUAGAUUCGAUCGAGUCCCAGGGCUCAACGUCGUCGUCCACUGGCUCGAUACAGCUGCAGCAGUUGAAUCCAUCGUCAGCGUACAAGAACCUCAAGUCCCGCCGUAUGGAGUACAGCCGGCGGGGUAUGAUCCUCGGUCUGAGCAAUCCCUCGCAGGAUUCCGCUUUUGGUUCCAUGACCGACGGCGAAUCGUCCCGAGCGUCCAGCUUUAAACUCAGCAGCUUUGCUUCGAUGAAUUCACCGAUUGACGAAGGGGUUGAAGAUAUACUGGCGGAGAAUGAAACGGAAACCAUCGCAACCACCAUGGCAGGGCUGAAGUAUAUCGAUUCAGCAGGUUCUUCGCCCUGCCACGAUCAUCAAGCGAGCAUUUCGCCCAGAGAUACGCAACCAGGUUCGUCGUCUUCUCGUGAUAUCUCACCGAACCAUUCAGCUCGAUACCUAGAACCUCCAAAACUAGUGAUAAACAAUCAUUCAUCUACAACGACCAACGCCUCGCUAUGCUAUACAUCAUCGCCACUCCGUAAAUGUGCCACAACGGAAGUAUUCUCGCAAAAAUACAGGGUAUCUUCGUUCGAAGACAUGUCCUAUACGUCCCGCUUGGCCAAUAAAUCUAUCAAAAAUAGCACUCGUAAGAUUUUCCGUUCGUUUGAAGAGGAACGCCGUAUCGAUUCCGCUUUUAUGCCUAUUGACACUAGUUCCACCAGCAUCAGCAGUCGACUAAAUCAACAUCAGCUGCAACCUAAGCCACGUCAACAAUCAACAUCGACGCUUCAUCAUCAACUAUCUUUACCCCCAACGCUAACGCCGACUUCUCCCAAACAACUCAUAGCUCCCGCUCAGUACAAUCAACUAACGAAGAAGAAGAAUGCUUCGUUCCAAAAUCUACAAAGUCUAGCAACUCCCCGGGAUAAAACCUACCAGUGGCGAAACAAGCUAAUCAAAUCCAACGAAUGUUUGUUCGAGACAUCCUUCAACAUGUCGCCCUCGUCGACGACUCAGAGUGAGAUAGACCGAUUGCUGAGUCACGGCAGUUCGACGCAUGAACUUCCCACCACUUCGGCUGCAGCGGAGAUUGAGCGAUUUAUCCUGACCCCCGAGCCGGUAGUCAUGAAUCCCCGGCGAACACGUGCCGAUCGACAGCAACUGUUCAGUUUGGCCAAAUUCAAGCACAGCACCAUCCUCGACAGUAUCUCGUUAGAGGACUUCUCCGAAGAAGGCAAGCGAGAAAGCGAUCCAACCACCAGCAGUAUGUCGAACUGUUCAACCAAGAGCUUCUCCUGGGACGAUCGUACCGAAAUCGAGGCCAGAAAGUUGGAAAGCUCCUCUACCGACGACACCAGCGAUCAGGACAGUAGCAGUGUUACGGAUUCGCUGCUUCGAUCUCCCAUCGUUAAGCACGACCAGCGGAGCAUCCGCAGUGGCGGAAGUGGUAGUAGCAGUGCGGCCGAAGCCCGAAAGUAUCUCGAUGACACUGCGGCCAAUGAAGGAGGCUUCGGCAGUGGCAACGAGGAAAAGACACCCCUUCUCGAGGGCAUGGAACUGUCCCCCAUCUCACCUACUGAGUCGGAACAAAUGUUGUGAUAAUAUAAU